GUCAGCUCUCACUCCCUCAGCAGAGCUGCUGCCUCACCCCCGCCACCCUGCAAAACGAGGGUUACUAGGGUUCCGGAGGGAUCAUAGCCGCGCUGCUACAUCGAAAGUAAGAGUUACCAUGCUCAGCCAGCAGAAUCCGGGCGGCGAGAGCGCCGGCACGCCUCCUCUGUACCUCGGGAUAGACUUCGGCACUUCCGGAGCAAGAUACGCCCUCAUCGACGAGCACGGGGCCAUCCAUUCGGAAGGGAAGCGAGCUUACUGUGCGCCUGUCGGCGACGCCGCGGGCUGGGCGAGCUCGUGGCGAGCGGCGCUCUUCCAGCUCCUCGCCGACGUCCCGCCUGCCCACCGCCCGUCCGUCUCCUCCAUCUCCAUAGACGGCACCUCCGCCACCGCGCUAAUCGUCGACAGCGAGACCGGGGAGCUCCUGGGCGGGCCGUUCCUCUACAACGAAGGCUUCCCGGACGCUCUGCCCGCCGUGGAGUCGGUGGCGCCGGCGAACCACACCGUGUGCUCCCCCACCUCCACGCUCUGCAAGCUGGUGUCGUGGUGGGCGGCCUCGGGCGGCGCAGCCGCGGGCGCGGCGGUGCUGAUGCACCAGUCCGACUGGCUCCUGUGGCUGCUGCACGGCCGGCCCGGCGGCGUCUCCGACUACAACAGCGCGCUCAAGGUGGGCUACGACCCGGAGCUCGGCGCCUACCCGGGCUGGCUGACCUCGCAGCCCUACUCGCGCAUGCUGCCGGCCGCCGUCAGACCACCUGGGGCUCCCGUCGCUGCGCUCAGAGACGACGUGCGCUCACAGUACGGAUUUUCUGAGGACUGCGUUGUGUGCGCUGGAACCACUGACAGCAUCGCGGCGUUUCUUGCUGCCCGCAGAAGUGAACCAGGAACAGCUGUGACGUCGCUGGGGUCAACUCUGGCGAUCAAGCUGGUGAGCAGAGUCCACGUGGCCGACGCGAGGUUCGGCGUGUACAGCCACCGCCUGGACGACGUGUGGCUCGUCGGCGGGGCGUCCAACACCGGGGGAGCCGUGCUCCGGCAGCUCUUCACGGACGACCAGCUCGCGGCGCUGAGCGAGCACAUCGACCCGGCCGUCCCUUCCCCUCUCGACUACUACCCCCUGCCGAAGAAAGGCGAGAGGUUCCCGGUCUCCGACCCAGACAUGAUGCCAAGGCUGCAGCCGCGCCCUGGGAGCGACGCGGAGUACCUGCACGGCAUACUGGAAUCGAUCGCGCGAAUCGAGGCCAAGGGGUACAGCCUGCUGAAGGAGCUCGGCGCGACGGCGGUGGAGGAGGUGUUCACAGCGGGGGGAGGAGCGCAGAACGACAGGUGGACGGCCAUCCGGGAGAGGGUGCUCGGCGUGGCGUCCGGAAGGCCCAGCAGACUGAGGCGGCCUAUGGAGCUGCACUGCUAGCACUCAAGGGCGCCAAGAGCUUGGCUGGCUAGUGUGUCUUGUUGUGCUUGGUAGGGCUGGACGAAAAACUCGUAGCUCGUUAACUCGCUCGACUCGACUCAAUAGUGGCUCGGCUCGACUCGACUCGUUUAUAAUUUGUAACGAGUUGAGCUUGUAUUUCAACUCGUUACGAUAACGAGCCAGCUCGAGCUGGCUCGCGAGCUGACUCGCGAGCCAAACGAGUUGAAGUAAUUAGUCAAACUACAAUAAUCUUGGAUCCAAAAUAGUUAAUCUUGUACUCUACUAUAGUUAAUCUUGUUCUUUGUUGAGUGUGAAAUCUUAAGUUGCAAACUCUAUUCUGUUUUUCUAAAUAGAUCUCCUUCUUUUC